AUGAUAAAAGUUAACCCAUCGAGGACUUUAAGUCGAGUAAUAACUAAUUAUAGCCGAUUACAAGGUAUUAGGUCAUUUAAUAAGAAUAAGUAUAUCAUACCACAGGCUGGAGGAUGGAAACUUUCACCCGGUCUUUCAUUUAGUCGUCAUUUUAGCGUUAAGUCAAGAAUAAGGAACGAAGUUCCGUUUCGAAAUCUUUCAGAAGAAGAUCAAGCAACGUUAACUGAAGAACGAGCUGCUGAUAACGUGGAUGUUUGUAUAGUGGGUGGAGGACCUGCAGGAUUGGCUACUGCUAUCAGGUUGAAGCAACUCGACGAAGAACAUGGAGAAGGUAUGCUUAGAGUUGUUGUGUUGGAAAAAGCUGGUGAUUUUGGAUCUCAUAUAGUAAGUGGUGCAGUUAUUGAACCAAAAGCUAUUAAUGAAUUAUUUCCAGAGAGUGAAUAUUUGAAUGAAGAUGGUUCGGGAAUUGCAUUACCUCCAGAUAUUGUCACCUUAGUUGAACGGGAUGCAAUGAAGUAUUUAACUGACGAGUAUGCAUUCCCAUUGCCUGAACCUCCUCAAAUGACAAAUCAUCAUAAAAAUUACAUUGUUUCUUUGAAUAACGUGGUUAAAUACCUCAGUGAGAAAGCAGAAGAAUUGGGUGUGGAGUUAUACCCCGGAAUUUCUGUUAGUGAAUUAAUAUAUAAUGAAACUGGCGAUGCAAUUAAAGGUGUUGCAACUAAAGAUAUGGGAAUCUCUAAAAAUGGUGAACCAAAAUCUUCUUUUGAAAGAGGUAUGGAAUUCCAUUCUCGCUUAACCAUAUUAGCUGAAGGUUGUCAUGGCUCAUUAACUAAAAAAGCUAUUGCAAAAUUCAAUUUACGUGAAAAUAGUGAUCCUCAAACUUAUGGUUUAGGUAUUAAAGAAGUUUGGGAAGUCAAACCUGAAAACUUCGAAAAAGGUUUCGUAACUCAUAGUUUGGGUUUCCCAUUAUCUAUGGCCGAAUACGGUGGUGGCUUCAUGUAUCAUUUUGGUGAUGGUUUGGUUGCUGUUGGUUUGGUUAUUGGUUUAGAUUACGCAAAUCCUUAUAUUUCUCCUUAUCAAGAAUUCCAAAAAAUGAAGACUCAUCCUUAUUAUGCUAAUGUAUUAGAAGGCGGUAAAUGUUUAUCAUAUGCUGCAAGAGCUCUUAAUGAAGGUGGGUUUCAAUCUAUUCCUCAAUUAUACUUUCCAGGUGGUUUGUUAGUAGGUUGUUCAGCGGGAUUUUUGAAUGUACCCAAAAUCAAAGGAACUCAUACCGCUAUGAAAUCAGGUAUGUUAGCCGCUGAAUCGGCCUAUGAUUUCUUAAAAGAAUUAGACCCGGUUGACGAAGAAACAGAUAUGAAUUCGAAUCCAAUCACUUUGAAAUCGUACGAAAAGGCAUUUGAAAGUUCAUGGGCUUAUGACGAACUUUAUGAAGUUAGAAAUGUUCGUCCUUCCUUUAAUGGUCCUUUGGGAUUUUUCACUGGUUUGGCUCAUUCAGGUUUCACCACAAUGUUAUCCAAAGGUAGUGAAUUUUGGACUUUACAUCAUAAACAUAAUGAUUCUGCUGUUACAAAAGAUGCUUCUAAUUUCAAACCAAUUGAUUAUCCAAAACCUGAUGGUAAAUUAACUUUUGACAUAUUAACCUCUGUUUCAAGAACUGGUACUUAUCAUGACGAAGAUGAACAAUGUCAUUUAAGAGUCCCUGAUCAAAAUAUGAGAAAACAUACAGAAAUUUCCUAUCCAAAAUUCAAAGGAAUCGAACAAAGGUUUUGUCCAGCUGGUGUUUACGAAUAUGUCGAAGACGAAAACGAACCUUUGGGAGUUAAAUUUCAAAUCAAUAGUCAAAAUUGUAUCCAUUGUAAAACUUGUGAUAUCAAAGUACCUACCCAAGACAUUAACUGGACUGUGCCUGAAGGUGGAGGUGGUCCAAAGUAUUACAUGACUUAA